UCAGUUUUACGUGUGGACGAAAGGUGCAAAUGCACAGAAAUCUGCGUUUUCAAAAACACCCGUGUACAUGUGGCCCUAGCCUUACUUCAAGUCAACCCUUGGAUAUGGACAAAUAUAAUUUUACAUAGCUAGAUGUACCGCCACUGCAUGCCAUGAGAGAUGCCACAUUUUCAGCAAACAGCUCUUGGGGAGUUCUAUUAUUGGUGAAAAAUACAAUUUUACGGCUGUCGUUGGAGUUUCUUUUAUUUUUAAAGUUGUCAGUUGUGUAGAUAAACACUGGCUCAUGUGUGUUAGAUGCCUGUUUUAUGCUUGACUGAUUUGUAGGUCAGGUUUACAUUCCUGCAGCUGUGUCCAUGGUGGGGGUUUGUUUUUCACACCAACCACACAAAGAAAAUCAUCAGAUCGGGUGAAAUAAAACAAAACAUUUUCUGUUAUCACAUUUUGGUGAGUCUGUGUGAACUUGAGCUCACUUGCACCUCACUGGGUUAAAUCCCAGUGCAUCUUAUUCUUUAGCCAGAGUGGGUCGUCUGCCGCCUCCUAUCCCAGCAUCCUUCUUUCACUCCACCCUCUGCUUGUCCUCCUUCAUUACAUCCAUGAAUCUUCUUUGAGGUCUUCCUCUUUAUUGCCUGGCAGCUCUAUUUUUGACAUCCUUUGUCAGUGUAUCCACUCUCCCUCCUCUGUACAAAAAAGAGGAAAAACAGUCUACUCUAGAGUUUGAAUCGGAUAUUAAAAUUUUAUUCAUCUUUCAUCAACCUUUUGAACACAGCUUGAAAGCUUUUAGAGCUGUAUUCAAAAAUGUCAAGCUGAUUAGCGCACACUGUAAAUUUUCUGUUCAGUGUUAAUUUAUUUCUCUCAUGAUUUUCUCAGUAACGUCAAAAUAAAAGCACCCAAGUUCACUGUGUGUAUGUUGGAGCCUUUACAUGUUUAUUUCCUGGCUUGGCCACAGAUGACAGACCGACUCCUCCUCCUUCAGCUGUUCAUGAAUUUCCACAGCCAAAUCUGGUUGUGGUGAUACUUGCAGGUUCUUGUAGUGUGUCGUUGAAUUAGCUUCAGUUUGUGGUUGAAGGCUAAACAGCACAUUCAGUCAUGUAGUGUUGCCUCACCCCAAGAACAAUUCAGCUAUUUAAUCUCAAAGUAUUUGCUUUCUUAACAUAAAAAACAUAUAUUUCAUACCUCUGAUAAAUUUGUCUUUAAUGUCGCAAAUUUAUUUUAUGUUGGUGCUUGAGCUCAAUGCAAGACUUUUAUUAUUAGUGUUUUAUUUCAUGUCAAAAUGUGUAUAAAAGCGCAUAAAACUGUAAAAGGAAAACAAUACGGCGCUGUACUGUAGAAGUUAAAAUCAAAUGUGUUCUUAUUGUCCACAUCCCCUCUGGGGCAUAGAUUCAAUCAUUCUAACGUCUCAGCCAGGCCAAUCACAUCAAGUGUUUGCACCUGUGUGAGGCAGAGUUUGCUUCAGCCCAACUUUUCAUUAGGAAGAUGGAAAAGACACACACAGACAGCCGCGUGGCUUGGAUGCUCGACUUUGAGUCUCGUGGGUGUUUGGUUGGAGGAGCUGGAAGUUGGGCUUUCUGGAUCCACGGCUGACAGGGCAGCUGUGCUGCACAGUCCAGCUCAGCGCUCGCAGCUGUGAGGACACAGCGACUGCAGCAGUCAUGGCUGCUGGCUUCCUAAUUGCAAGAUUAUUGCUGGUCUGUUUGUUGAGUGAGGUGAACUACUCCUCAGCUUUUCCAAGAGCCAGAAGUUUUGUGCAACCGGGAGUGUGGCAAAGUGAAGGAGAGGAGGAAGAAGCCUACAACUAUGAGAACUGUCAUCCUUUCUACUACAUCAGUGCCCAGGACAAAACAUUGGAAAAGCAGGGACGUUUUAGGACGGCCCCUUUCCAUAUCUGUAAACAAAACCAUCCCAUUGUGUACCAAAAAGCCUCAAACGUCAAGCCUGCAAACCCCUUGCAGCCACGAUCUAAUGUUGCCACCAAAUGGCCAAAGGAGACUGUUCUACCCCAGCCUCCACCACAGAAGAAAUAUCUGUCACCCAAACCCAAAAGCUACGAAUUCAAUCUGAAGAUUCCCUUUCUUGAUUUCCUGAUAAGAAAUGAUGUAAAGAAUUCUUCUAAUAAAAAACAUGAUGGUGGAAAUGAUGUGCCUGCUGUCGCCAAACCAGGCUUUCAGGUCGGCUCGUCUGUUUCCUCUUCAUCUGUCUCUCAGUCUCUCAACACCCCAACCAAUAGCCACUUUGUCCACUUGGCAAGUCAACACAAACCAGAGACUCCUGAUUCUUUAAACCCAGAAAAACCCAUUUCAGCCAUGACUGAAUCAAGGCAACCCUCCUUAAACUCUGCUAGUAUGGGCCAUACAGAAACACAGGAGCAGCCAUUUCCCAUGAAACCACAAUCAAGUUCAACUUUAUUUGGAUCAGGAAGACCUUUCGUAAGUUUUGCAACACCCCAGCAAGAGACUAGUGAGCCAGUUCAUAUUAAGCCAAGUUCAUCUCUGGCUGAGUCAACAAGACCUCUCUUAAGCUUUGGAACAACACAGCAGCAGACUUAUAAGCCAGUUCGUGUUAAACCUCCAAGUUCAACCAUGACUGAAUUAGAACAGCCUUUCCUAAACCUUGGAACAACGCAACACGACGGUUAUGAGCCAUAUCCUAUUAAACCACAAUCAAACUCUGCCAUGAUUGGAUUAAGGCAACCCUUCUUAAACUCUGCUGGUACAGAAGCACAGGAGAAACCUUAUGAGCCAUAUCCCAUCAAACUACAGCCAAGCUCGACCCUGAUUGAACCAGCGAGGCCUUUACAUUUUACAUCACCACAGCAUCACAUUCAUGAGCCAGUUCGUGCUAAACCACCAAGUUCAAACCAGAUUGGAACAGAACGGCCUUUUGUGAACUUUGGAACAACACAACACCAGAGUUAUGGGCCAUAUCUAGUUAAACCACAAUCGAAGUCUGCCAUAAUUGGAUUAAGGCAACCCUUCUUAAACUCUGCUGGUGCAGAUGCACAGGAGAAGCUUUAUAAGCCAUAUCCCAUCAAACUACAGUCCAGUUCAACCCUGGUGGAACCAGUGAGGCCUUUACAUUAUGCAUCACCCCAGCAAAACAUUCAUGAGCCAGUUGGUGUUAAACCACAAAGUUCAAAGCAUAUUGGAACAGAACGGCCUCUUGUGAACUUUGGAACAACACAGACUCGUGAGCAACAUCCCAUUAAACCACAAUCGAAUUCAAACCUCAUUGCAUCAGCAAGGCCUUUCCUAAGUUUUGCAGCACCACAGCAAGAGACCUAUGAGCCAUUUCACAUUAAACCACAAAGUUCAACCCCAGCUGUAUCAGAGCGACCUUACUUUGGAACAAUACAACAGCAAACUUAUGAGCCAUAUCCAAUUAAACCACAAUCUAGUUCAACCAUGGCUGCAUCUGCUAAGCCUUUCCUGAACUUCGCAGCACCACAGCAGCAAACUUAUGAGCCAUUUCAUAUUAAACCACAAUCAAGCUCAGAUCGGUUAACCUCAGACUGGCCUGCCUUAAACUAUGCUGCUAUUGGACACUCACAAGCACAACAGGCUUAUGAGCCAUUUUACUUGAACUCGCGGUCAACUUCAACCCACUUUGGAUCAGAGGGGCCUGCCUUUAACUCUGCAGCUGCACGUCAGAAUUAUGAGCCGGUUCAUGCCAAAAUGCAAUCUUAUGACAGUUGGCCAUAUUUUAAGGACGGGUCAACGAUAUCUUCAAGCCAAAUGAGAGUCCAAAGACAGGACUCUGCCAGAAACAAACUCAACAGGAAACGCGACUACCCAAAACUUUUUGAUGUGGCUGGAAGUGAUGGUCAUAACGAACUUGCUUAUGUUUAACAAG